AUGCCGCCACAUGUACGAGGCAAGGGAAAGGGUCCAAAUAGAGGAGGACCAUCAGGACAUGCAGGAACUUCUCAUAGGCGCACUCCGUCUGCGUCAUUUUCUAGCUCGGAUUCGCGUGACCAUAGGGGUCAUUCGUUUGAACCCGCCAAGUAUGAAUGGGAAUUCACCCCUUCAUAUCAUAACUCUCCUGCUCAACCUCCUUUGGAUGAGCCGUACCUUCAAGCUGUCAUUCCACCACCUCUUCCUGUUGAGGAGCCACCUCAACAACCACCUCAACCACCUCCCGAGCCACCGAGGCGAAGGAGGAAUGCACGAAUAACUGUGCGAGGGGGACCACGGUUCAGUUCCCCUCAAGGUUCAAGCUCAUACCCUCCUAUUCCUGAGGACCCACAAAUGGGUGGACCCUCGCAUGCGGUACCGGAAGACGAUCCUCCGCCGGUUUCUUAUGCACCACCGCCAGUGGGUUUUGAAAAACCCGAUACCGACUUACCCAGGUUCGUCUGGUAUAACCCUUUUGAAUAUCCAACUUUUACAGGUUAUGGAGCCCAAGAUCCAUAUCUUACAGCACCACAGUAUAAUGCACUUUAUCCUUCUUCUUAUCCUCCAGUUUACCCAACUGGAUAUCCAGUGCAAGGGUAUCAAUACCCACCAUAUCAGCAACCCCCUCCUCCCCAACAGGAGCAAACUCAAGAAAUUCUGCAGAGAUUGGACAAGGUUGAGCGAAAAGCAGAUGAAACCAAUAAGAAGCACAACAGCUUUCUCAAGGGCCUUGCGAGUCUCAUCAAAGGCAAAAAGAAGUAG